AUGAGCGAUGUGCGUUUUGAUAAUCGGGUUGCUGUAAUCACCGGAGCCGGCGGCGGGCUGGGGCGAGCUUACGCUUUGAUGCUGGCCGAACGGGGAGCCAAAGUCGUGGUGAACGAUCUUGGCGGUGGGGUCGAUGGCACCGGCUCGGGCAGCAACAUGGCCGACCAGGUAGUCCAGGAAAUCAAAGACGCCGGCGGCGAGGCGGUCGCCAACUACGAUUCGGUGGCCACCGUCGAAGGCGGCAACGCCAUGAUCCAGACAGCCCUGGAUAGCUUCGGCCAGGUCGAUAUUGUCAUCAACAACGCCGGUAUUCUCCGCGACAAGAGCUUCGCCAAGAUGACGUCCGAGGAAGUUGCGGCCGUAAUCGAUGUGCACUUGAUUGGGGCGUUCAACGUCACGCGAAGUGCUUUCGAAUUCAUGAAGAACGCUGCUUACGGUCGCUUGUUGUUCACCACGUCUGCCGCCGGGCUGUUUGGUAAUUUCGGCCAGGCCAAUUACGCAGCAGCCAAGAUGGGGCUGGUCGGACUUUCGAACGUUUUGGCGAUCGAAGGCGAGAAGUACAACAUCAAGUCGAACGUCAUCGCCCCAGUCGCAAAGACUCGGUUAAGCGAACACGUGCUGAGUGCGUUUGGCGAUGCCUUGGACAUCGGGUUCGUCGCUCCACUGGCGGCUUAUUUGGUUUCCGAAGAAUGCUCGCUCUCGCACGAGGUCAUUUCCGUAGGCGGUGGUCGUUACGCCCGAGUGUUCGUCGGCGAGGCUCCCGGCUGGAAUGCCCCUGGGGCAAAAAUCCCCUCGCCUGAGAGUGUUCGCGACAAUAUCGACGGCGUGAUGAACACCGAAGGGUUUACCAUCCCCCGCAGUGCCACCGACGAAAUCAUGGCGCUGGAGCAAUUCAUGCCAAUCGAUCCCUCGCGUGCCCUGGGGGCCGAGUUGCCUGGCGAAGAUUUCACGUGGGACGAAGAUCAGGUGAUCCUCUAUCAACUUGGUUUGGGGUGCGGAGUGCCGGCCACCGAUCCGCGCGAGUUGGCUUACACCUACGAGGGAUUGUUGAAGGUUCUGCCCACCUGGGGUGUUAUCCCCGUGCAUGACAUGAUGGCUCACGUGCUCGAGAUUCCCGGCAUGGAGUUCAACCCCUUCAUGCUGUUGCAUGGUGAGCAAGAGCUGGAGAUUCACAAGCCGAUUCCCACGGCGGCCACCGUUUCGAAUACCGGUCGCGUGGCCGAAAUCUACGAUAAGGAGAAGGCUGCGCUAGUGAUCUUCGAGACCACCUCGAAAGACCAAAGCGGCGAACUGUUGUUCACGAAUCGCUUCUCGAUGUACAUGCGCGGCGAAGGCGGCUUCGGCGGGCCCAGUGGACCCAAGCCGGGUAACGAACCGCCCGAGCGCGAGGCCGACUUAGUCGUCGAGACACAGACUUUCCCCCAGCAGGCAUUGUUUUACCGGCUGAAUGGCGACAAGAACCCGCUGCAUGCCGACCCUGAGUUCGCCAAGGUGGCCGGUUUCGAUCAGCCGAUUUUGCAUGGGCUUUGCACGUAUGGCAUCGUCUGCAAACAGGUGAUCGACAACCUGCUCGAUGGAGAAACAGCGCGGGUAGCAAAAUACCAGGUGCGGUUCCGUGGCGUCGUCAUCCCCGGCGACACCAUAGUGACCUCGAUGUGGAAAGAGGAUAAUCGUAUUGUGAUCAGCUCCCACAAUAAGGCGCGUCUUAACGUCUGCCGUUGUGUUACUGCAUACGUCUGUCUUCGGAGCGAACGCCUCAUGUCCUGGUCGCUGAUGCUGCUUUGUGCUGCGCUGUUUACAUCGCCCGCCCAACAAACACCUUCGCACGACCUGAACGUGGUCGCCGAGCAGGCCCUGUCGAAGUUGCCAGGUCACACUGGGUUUCUCUUCACCGAGAUCGUCGACGGGAAGCCCCAGACGCUGGGCGCCGUUCGCUCCGACGAACGCUUUGCCGUCGGCUCCAGCUUCAAGCUGUUCAUCCUCGGUGCCUUGGCUGAAGAAGUGAACGAUGAUCGUCGCGCCCUCGAUAACAUCAUGCGGCUCGAGAAGCAGUUCGUCGGCCCUCCCCACAGCGAGAUGGCCGAUUGGCCGAUGGGUUCUCCCGUCACCCUGCAAACGCUCGCCCUGAAGAUGAUCUCGAUCAGCGAUAACACGGCCACCGAUCAUCUCCUGCAUCUGUUGGGGCGAACCCGUGUAGAAGAACAGAUGACCGUCAUGGGCGAUCAGCACCCCGAGUGGAACAUUCCGUUGCUGUUUACCCGCGAAAUGACGAUGCUCCGCGACAAGAACAAAGAUACUCCUGGGCUCGAGUACCAGAAGCUGGACGUAGCGGGGAAACGGAAAUUCCUCGCCGAGAAGCUCUCCGCUCAACCUGACUACGACGAGCUCGACUUCGAUACUGCCAACUACGACCUGGCCGAAUGGUAUGCCACCCCGAUGGACAUGGCCCACACUUUGGUGUGGCUCCAACAGAAUACCACUGAGGACGACGCGGCUAACGCGAUUCGCGGCGUGAUGGCUGUCGAGACCAAGCUGCCGCACAAUCCAGAAGAGUGGCCCUACGUAGGGUUUAAAGGCGGCUCGGAAGAUCAGCUCAUCGCCGGCAACUGGUUGCUGAAAAACCGUAACGGCAAAUGGUAUACCUUCCAUGUUUACUGGAACGAUCCGGACAGCAAGAUUGACGAGCACAAGAUGAUCGAAGCCCUCACCACGAUCUUCUCCGCUGUCACGCAGUCGGUAAAGUAG